AAAUAAAAAUGGCAUAAUGUCCUAAUCUUUCUUUAAUCUUCAACUUCAAUUUGAAUGACCCACUUCAAGAAAUCAAUCUAAGACAAAAACCCCCAAAAGUAAAGUAGAAAUUUUCAAUCCCCAAGCAAUUCUAUCACUAUUUUUCACAAUUAACUUCUUUCAUAUUACUACACACACCCACAUUCAAAUUUCACUCCCUACUUCCUCUUCUCUUCUCACUCCACCGCAAUAAUGGCCGCACCCAACUCCAACUUCACCCGGAAUGGCCCUUGACCCACUUCUCCGGCAUUGUUCCCGAUGGGGAAAAACGACGGAGAACAGCCACUGCCCUCCGCCAUCGACUCCAGGCCCUCCGGUCUGGUUGCCGAUGGUCGAUGCUGUUGUGGGUGUGUUUCGAUUCGAAGACUCAUUGGCUUCAGAUGCAUCUUCAUUCUCCUAUUAUCCGUUGCCUUGUUCGUUUCUGCUGUUUUUUGGCUGCCCCCUUUUCUCCAUUAUGCAGAUCAAAAGGAUCUGGAUCUCAAUCCGUCGUAUCGAGGUCAUGAUAUUGUUGCAACAUUUAAUGUUGAGAGAUCGGUGUCUUUGCUGGAAGACAAUUUUGAUCAACUCCGAACCGACAUUUUUGAAGAGUUCCCUAUACCUUCUAUCAAAGUGAAUAUACUGUCUCUAGAACCGUUGUCUGGAUCAAACCGUACAAAAGUUGUUUUCAGCCUCGAUCCAGAUACUGAUGAUUCGGAAAUCUCGUCAACGUAUCUAAGUUUAAUCAGGUCAAUCAUUACAAGUCUAGUAACAAAUCAGUUCCUCAGCAUUACCAAAUCCACAUUCGGGGAGGCCUAUUCGUUUGAAGUGCUGAAAUUCCCCGGAGGAAUAACGAUAAUCCCGCCACAGAGUGCAUUUCUUUUGCAAAAAGUGCAAAUUCUUUUCAACUUUACAUUGAACUUCUCUAUUCAUCAGAUUCAAGUACAUUUCAGCGAACUGACCAGCCAACUGGAGGCGGGAUUAAGACUAGCUCCAUAUGAGAUUUUAUAUAUUAAACUUUGGAAUGCGGAAGGUUCAACCGUGACAGAUCCUACAAUUGUCCAGACGUCUGUACUUCUUGAAGUUGGAAAUACUCCGUCGAUGCGACGGCUGAAGCAGCUAGCUCAAACAAUCUCAGGUUCUAAUUCUAGCAACCUCGGCCUGAAUAAUACGGAGUUUGGUAAGGUGAAACAAGUUCGCCUUUCUUCUAUUCUUAAACACUCCCUCAAUGGCAGUGAUGGGAAUGGCCCCGUAAGGUCACCUUCUCCUGCUCCUACACCCCAGCCCCAUAACCAACAUCAUCCUCCAACUCACCACCACCACCACCAUCACACCCCUCUAACCCCUGCAAUUUCACCUGCUCCUGCAACCGAGAAGGGUGCACCAGAAUAUGGUUCGCCUGCCCCUGAAAGAAAUGCAGCAUCACCUAAGAGAAGUUAUACGGCUAAGCCGCCUGGUUGUCAAUAUAGAUACAAGAGGAAGUCUGGUAGGAAAGAAGGAAAGCAAUCUCAUUUAACCCCGCUUGCGUCACCCAAUAUAUCUCCUGAUCAUUCUGCUGCAUCGCCAUCACCACAACAUCAAAUCAACCCACCAGCAGCACCCGUCUCACCAGCUCCGGCAUUAACUCCAUUGCCAAACGUCAUUUACGCUCAUGUUCAACCACCUUCCAAAAGCGACUCCAAUCACCCCGCAAAUCCAUCAAUUGCACCAUCUCCAUGUGAGUAACAAAUUGAUUCUGCUGGCGCAGAUCGUUGUCAUAUGAUCACUCAAUGGGGAUUCACACUGUUUCUUAUUCUCGCAUGCCAUAUGUAACAUAAAAAAGAAGACUACCGGUUUUCUGAUGAACAUGUGUCGACGCGAGAAAUGCGAAGGUUAUUAUAAAAAUGAUAAGUGGAGGAGUUUCUUUAAAAGUGUAAGCAGAGUAGAGGAAAGCAAAGCAAAAGAGGCAUUGCUUGAUGAAAGAUGUUCUUUUUUAAGUGUGUAAAUGUAAAUAUCAUCUGAUUAAGAAACUUGUUGCUGAUGCAGUUUCAGGUCAAAGUUCACAGAGGUGGCAGGCCUUUAGAAACUUGCAUAUUUUCCCACUGUUUUUGUGUAUUAUUAUGAUCUUCUUCUCCAUAAAAUGUAAGGAGAUAGAGAAGGAAGAAAAAGUGAAAAAAAAAAAAAAAAAAGGAAGGAAAACAGAGCCAAAUGCAUAACUUUUUUCUUUUACCAUUGUGUCUUUUCCCAUAACUUUUUGUUCUGAACUCUGUUCUAGGCUUUUUGUACUCAAAAUGGCCUUACUCUUGUAUUGCUCAAAACUGAAGCUUGUAUGUAUAUAUAUGAACACAUAACACUUAAUCCCUCCACUUGAAUUGAAUGCAACAACUGUAGUAGUUUUCGGAUUGA